UUAGAUGCAACAAUCCAAAAUAACAUCGAAAAAGACCUGGAUGUAACCAUUGCAGUGGAUUCAGAAAUCGUAGUCUGCACAUUUCAGCAUAACAUUAAAAAUGCGGCCAGCAACUACAUGUGCGGCCUCAAAAUUACCAUUGUGCCUCAGGCGUCGUUUCAAGAAGUGCAAGUAACAAUUUUGGUCCAACGUCCAUUGAAAGUGGUGCCCAGUAUACACUUUUUUAGCAAUUUAUGCGAAACCGCCCGGGUUUGCAGCCAUGCGUUUCUAGAUGAAGCGCAAGAUGUGCCUUCUUUAAUUGUAGAAGUCAAAGUUUCUGUGAUCAAUACUUUUGGAGUUCCUCGAGCUUUAACUCGGUUCACUCUGCUGCCCAGUAGCUUAAUUUUAGAGGCUGCUGGUGCCGAAAAGGAGAAUAAGCAUAAAAUCACUCUGACCACCGAUCAACCUCCUAGGGCGUUAGCUAGUUUAUUUGAAGAAUACUGUGAUAGUCAGGCAUCGCCCAAUGCCAUAGGGUUUAAAGGGGCCUCUGGGAACAGAGCCACAAUUCUCGUUGCAAAACAUUCAGAGAAAUACCGUUUGCAAUCCGAUACCGUAACCAUGCUGCCCGUUUUGAUCGAACUUCUUCUAGCUCGUUUAAAAAAGAACUGUGGGCCAGACUGCAAGGUUUUUUUCAGUUCACCUUUACCGGCCAGUGACAUCUUCAAUUACGCUAACGAGCACUUUAUUGCAAAGAGUCGAGUGAAAGAAUUACAGGAAAAUUUGUGCCAGCUAACGGCUCAGUUUCGAUUGAUUCAAAAGCGCCUUAUCGCCAAAUAUAGAGCUAAAAACCCGAUCUCCUUAAAGCCUUUAGAGCUCUUGCUAGGAGACACUUACACAGAUAUAUCGGAAAUUACCGACAAAUUGGAAUGCGAGCUGGAGAAUCUGGCGAAAGCUCAAAGCGAUUUGGCUUGCGCCUUAUAUUUGGCAAAACAGUUGAUCGAUUUACUUCACGUUGAUAAGGAUUUGAUGAGCAUGAUUAGUUCGCUGUUUUGCACCAAUGUGAAGGAUUUAGAUAUACAGGCUUGGGAGGAUGUUAUGGAUGCUUCGUUCUGCUAUUUGCUCAGAACUCUGCUGGCUAAAACAGAAAAAGAUCGGUUGAGAGCUCCACACACUAGUUUCGAUGAAGUGAAAGAUUUGGCGAAGUUUGAGAAGCAUUUGGGGCAGGUUUUGGAAAGAUUGCCAAAACAGCAUGCACUGAAGGAAGAUGAUGAUGUUUUUGAUAAAGAUGAGUCUCAGAAACCUGAUUCUGACCAAUCAGAAGAGGUAAAAGCUGGAAAACCAAUUGGAAGUCAGUAUGGAGAAUUUAGUUCAAGGUUGCUUUCUGCAAGGAAAAGUCUUAGGAUGCAUAAACCCAACCAGGGUCAAAAUAGUGCAGACCCAAAUGAGCCUAUCACAUAAUUUCUUGUAAUUAAUAGUUGAUGUUUUAACCACUAAUGGUGUGCGCAUUUGGUUAAUUAGAAUUUAUUACGGUCAUUA